AUGUUGACGACGACGACGACACGCGCACGCCGCUUGCCCUUGUUCCAGACAGCACUCGAUGCCUGUAAGAGCACAAGAAAAAACAGUAGUAUGAGUAGCAUCAAUGACCAUCGUCUCCCUCGUCUUAGUGACUUGGUAUUGAUCCGUCAUGGCGAGAGCGAGGGUAACAUUGCUCGCCAACGCUCGCUGGCUGGAGACCACAGUCUUUUUUCUGGCGAGUUUAAACACCGUCAUAGCUCUAACUGGCGACUUACGGAUCGUGGUAGACGACAGGCAGCAGCUGCAGGUGAUUGGCUCAAACGUAAUAACUUGGCACACUUUGACCGCUAUCUCGUGUCGGAAUAUCUACGCGCAAUGGAAACGGCCGGUCGUAUGGGAUUGCCAGAUGCUCGUUGGUAUGCAGAAAUGUUAAUUCGUGAACGUGAUUGGGGCGCGAUGGAUCUCAUGAGUGAGCAAGAACGUUUUAUCAAGAUGCAGGACGAACUCAAACGACGGGAUCUCAAUCGAUUCUACUACGCCCCUCCUGGAGGCGAAUCCUUGGCAGCUGUAGCACAACGUGCAGAUCGUUUACUGGGGAUUUUAAACCAGGAAUGUCAUGACAAACAUGCUAUUGUCGUGGCUCAUGGAGAAGUGAUCUGGGCCAUGCGAACACGGCUCGAGAGAAUGUCACAAGAGACAUUUAUUGAACUUCAAGAGUCGGGACGCAUGGUUGAUCAGAUCCAUAAUGGACAUGUCCUGCAUUAUACCAGGAAGGACCCACAGACAGGACAAAUGUCCCCGUUCUUUACACACGUGCGCUCAGUGUGUCCAUGGAACGAGAAACUCAGUCCUAAAGGAUGGACGAAGAUUAGUCGACCUGUGUACGACAAUGAGCUGCUUCUGGCUACUGCCGAACGUGUGCCAAGAAUGAUUAUUUCGGAGGAGUAUCUUGAGAAGACGUACAAUGGCGCCAAGUUGCUGUCAAAGGGAGAUGUUGCUCCAGACAUUUCGGCUGGUUCGACAAGCUUCAGCGGGCCUUCCGUUUCGAGCCCUAUAAAGGCGUUUGAUAAGAAAGAAGCGGGUCAAACACCACUUUUGAUUCAAGGAAAGCCGAUGCUUAACCUGAAGAAGGUGGUUGUGGUGAAAAAAAUGUCGCGGUUCCAGCAUGAAGCGGAGUUGUACAGCAAUGAAGGAGAAGCAUUGAGGAAGCAGAUGUCGAUGAGAGGAUUUAUUCAUGAUCGAUUGAAGGCAAGCCAUGAACAUCAUAUUGAAGCUGUGGACGAAAUCACCAACAGUUUUAAGGACCGCAACAUUGAGGUCACAGUCGUUUCGGCAAACCAACUUACCCACGAGGCAGUAGAGGGAACUGACAUGAUAUUUUCCGCUGGUGGUGAUGGGACGUUUCUAAAGACGGCAAGUUUCGUAAACACUCCGAUUCCUGUAGCAGGCUUGAACACAGAUCCGAAGCGGAGCGAAGGCAAUUUGUGUUGCUACAAGAUUGACAAUGUCACUCAUCGAUUCAGUACAGCGUUAGACCGCUUGUUGGAGGGAGACUUCAAAUGGCGGCUGCGCCAGCGAAUCCGUGUUGGAAUGGUAAAUCAGGAUGGAUAUUGGUUCGAGUUGCCUCGUUACGCGCUGAACGAAGUGUUCAUCGCGGAAGGCGACGCAUCCCGACCAUCGCACUACAAUAUCGGCAUCGACCAGCAUCAACGAGAAUCCCACCGCAGCAGUGGUAUUCUCAUGUGUACAGGGACAGGUUCCAGCGCGUGGUACUCGAGCGCGUGCCAAAUCUAUCGAGAACAAGUCGCAAAUGUUCUCAAUGCGAUGAACCACACACACACAAACGAGACAGUUACAGAACUGACAGAAUCUAUCAAUAAGCAGAAUGUGUUCCCCGAAGAUUCGCGUGACAUGGGCUACGUCGUGCGCGAGCCGAUUAUUAAUGCCACGUUUGGUGAUAUCCGGUUUAGACGAGGUAAAGCUCGCCGAGUAUCGAUGCGAUCUCUUGGAUGGGAUAUGAAAGUCAACAUAGAUGGAAUCUACUCGGUGCCAUUAGAUUACGGCGUUCAGGCGGUAAUGAAAAUCACCGACGAACCCAAAUAUGUGUUGCGCACUGUGGAUUUCUCCCCGUCGCCAGACUCGGCGCCAUUGAAGAAAAUCUUUUAG